UGUGGGCAUCACGCCGUAGAUACGAGCGUCGCGCGUGUGUUAUAUGAUAGUGCUUGUUUGCGCGUCGCUUAAUAAUCAUGUUUUACUAAAUAUUAAAAAAAUUAAACAUCGAACGUCGUUUCACGUUUUGUGAAUUGUAAAUUUGUACCCAAAUAUUAAGUUGAUUAAUCGCUUAAACAACAGCUUGUAACAUAAUAUACUUUGAAGAAUGACUCCAACCAAUGGUGAAGGCGCGGAGCCGCCACAUAUCGUGAUACUAGACGGGGGUUUCUCGACACAACUGUCUUGUCACGUCGGGCACGUCAUCGACGGAGACCCGCUGUGGAGUGCUCGCUUCCUAUACACGCACCCGGAAGAAGUCGUUAACACCCACCUCGACUUUUUAAGAGCGGGAGCAGAUUUAAUAAUAACGAACACUUACCAGGCAUCGGUCGAGGGUUUUGUAGAGCACCUGGGCAUCACAGCGGAGGAGUCGUUCGAGCUGAUCAUGCGAGCCGUUGAGCUCGCCAAGCGUGCGCGCUCUGCGUACCUGGAGGAGUACCAGGACUACUUACAAAACGAUCGGAUCCCGCUGAUCGUGGGCUCGGUUGGGCCUUAUGGCGCUCACCUGCACGAUGGCUCGGAAUACGAUGGCAGUUACGCAGACACUACAUCGGUUGAGACUAUGAAAAAUUGGCAUCGACCGAGGAUCCAGGCUCUGGUACAAGCUGGAGUCGACCUCCUGGCUUUGGAGACGAUUCCUUGUCAAGAAGAAGCCGAGAUGUUAUGCGACCUUCUUCGGGAGUUCCCUCACAUAAAGGCUUGGAUCGCAUUCAGUUGUAAGGACAAUCAAAGUAUAGCUCACGGUGAAAGCUUUCAAAAGGUAGCAAAGAAAUGCUGGGAAACCAACCCUGACCAGCUAGUUGCCGUGGGAGUGAACUGCUGUGCGCCAUCCUUUGUGUCGAACCUCGUGAAAGGCUUCAACGACGACCGGCCACACGACCCCAUUCCGCUUAUCGUUUACCCCAAUUCGGGCGAAAAAUACAACCCUCAAAUAGGUUGGAUAGAUCGGGAUAAGUGCGAAGCGGUGGAAGUUUUCGUGCAAGAAUGGCUGGAACUGGGCGUGCGGUAUGUCGGCGGAUGUUGUCGCACGUACGCCGCUGAUGUAUCCCGCAUACGCAACCAGGUUCACUGCUGGCGCGACCGGUGGCGCUUCCAGGCGAAAUACCCCAACGCACAGAAUAACAAUGCUGAGUAAACAGCACCUACGGUUUAUAGUUCCUUGGUGGUUUAUUACAAGAC